CACACACAAAUAAACUCGUAUCAGAAAGAUCCCUAAAUCUCAACAAAACCCUAAUUUCAAAGAAGACGAAGAAGAAUGAGUUACAGAGUCGCUAAAGCAUCGCAGUAUCUUGCCAUCACCGGUGGUGGGAUCACAGACAUCAAGCUUGCAAAGAAGUCAUGGGUGUUUCCAUGGCAGUCUUGCACCGUCUUCGACGUUUCUCCCGUCAACUACACGUUCGAGGUUCAAGCUAUGAGUUCCGAGAAACUUCCCUUUGUUAUUCCGGCUGUUUUCACGAUCGGCCCACGCGUUGAUGACCCUCACGCUCUCUUGUUGUACGCUAUGCUUAUGUCUCAACACGAUAAACACUCGAAUCACGUCAAUGAGCUUGUUCAGGGUGUUAUCGAAGGAGAGACUCGUGUUCUUGUUGCUUCCAUGACUAUGGAAGAGGUCUUCAAAGGAACAAAGGAGUUCAAGAAAGAAGUGUUUGACAAGGUUCAACUGGAGCUAAACCAGUUUGGUCUUGUGAUCUACAACGCCAAUGUGAAGCAGCUCGUUGAUGUGCCUGGACAUGAGUACUUCUCUUACUUGGGCCAGAAAACUCAGAUGGAAGCAGCAAACCAAGCCAAGAUCGAUGUAGCAGAGGCAAAGAUGAAGGGAGAGGUUGGUGCCAAAGAACGGAACGGGCUCACAAUCCAGAAUGCAGCCAAGAUUGACGCUGAGUCAAAGAUCAUCUCCACUCAGAGGCUAGGAGAAGGGACAAAAGAGGAGAUCAAGGUGAAGACUGAAGUCAAAGUGUUUCAGAAUGAGAAAGAGGCUCUUGUUGCUAAGGCUGAUGCAGCACUGGCGAUUCAAAAGGCUGCUUUGUCCCAAAACUCUCGUGUGGCUGAGGUUGAAGCAUCCAAGGCUGUUGCUUUGAGGGAAGCUGAGCUUCAGACUAAAGUCGAGAAAAUGAAUGCAUUGACUCGGACAGAGAAGCUUAAAGCUGAGUUCCUCAGUAAAGCCAGUGUUGAGUAUGAAACUAAGGUGCAAGAAGCGAACUGGGAGUUAUACAAUAAGCAAAAGCAAGCAGAAGCUGUUCUUUACGAGAAGCAGAAGCAAGCGGAGGCGAUGAAAGCAGCAGCUGAUGCUGCCUUCUAUUCGAAACAGAAAGAUGCAGAGGGGCUUGUGGCAAUGGCCGAAGCUCAGGGGAAAUAUCUCAAGACCCUCUUAGGCGCAGUUAACAAUGAUUACUCAUCCAUGAGAGACUUCUUGAUGAUCAACAAUGGCAUUUAUCAAGAAAUCGCCAAAACCAAUGCUCUUGCAAUCAGGGACCUGCAGCCUAAGAUCAGUGUGUGGAACCAUGGUGGUGCCGAGCAGGGGAUGAACGGUGGUGGUAAAGGUCCGAUGAACGAUAUUGCUGGACUAUACAAGAUGUUGCCACCGGUUCUUGACACGGUUUAUGAGCAGACCGGGAUGCAGCCACCAGCUUGGAUUGGUACAUUGCGUGGUGCUGAGCCCAAACAGUCACUUCAGGCUCAACAACACAGAGGGGACCAUGCUCCAAUAAUGUUUUCCCUCUAUGGGAAUAUCUUUAAGAAUGGUCCUCACCUCUCUGUGAACUGCAAAUUCCUCUUUUUAGCAAAGAGUAUCAAUUACGGAAGCUGCAUACUAGUGAAUAUUGACCAGUCGGUGAAACUGCCAGGAUGCUCGUCUCCUCCACUCUGUUCUUCUCUCAAGCUUUUCCGAUUAUCCUCUCCGGUAUCAUUAUCGGACGCAGCUUUCCUCGGGAACAGGACAAAGCCGUCGCAGUCGUUCCGAAUGGAGGCCGUUUCGAGUAAUUCCACUUCUAUUUCAUGUAUCAGCGUCGGCGAAGAUUUUCCAGCAGAGUAUGAGCAGUGGCUGCCGGUUCCGGAUCCAGAGAGCAGGAGAAGAGCUGGCGUUUUGCUCCACCCGACGUCGUUUCGCGGUCCUCAUGGCAUUGGUGAUCUCGGAGAUGAAGCCUUCCGUUUCAUCGAUUGGCUUCAUUCUACUGGUUGCUCCGUUUGGCAGGUUCUUCCUCUGGUUCCACCAGACGAAGGAGGAUCUCCUUAUGCAGGACAGGAUGCAAAUUGUGGGAACACAUUGUUGAUUUCUCUGGAUGAGCUUGUCAAGGACGGCUUGCUAAUGAAGGAUGAGCUCCCACAACAAAUUGAUGCCGACUGUGUGAACUAUCAAACUGCCAACAAGUUAAAGAGUCCCUUGAUAACUAAGGCAGCAAAAAGGCUAGUUGAUAGCAAUGGUGAACUAAAGAGCAAACUACAAGAUUUCCGUAACGACCCCUCUAUAUCAUGUUGGCUUGAAGAUGCUGCUUAUUUUGCAGCUAUUGACAAUACUUUAAAUGCAUACAGUUGGUUUGAAUGGCCUGAACCCCUUAAAAACCGUCAUCUUUCGGCCUUGGAAGCUAUAUAUGAAAGUCAAAAGGAGUUUAUAGACUUGUUCAUUGCUAAGCAAUUUUUGUUCCAAAGGCAGUGGCAGAAAGUUCGUGAGUAUGCACGACGGCAAGGAGUUGAUAUAAUGGGAGAUAUGCCCAUUUAUGUAGGAUAUCACAGUGCAGACGUUUGGGCAAAUAAGAAACAUUUCUUACUGAACAAGAAAGGCUUUCCUCUUCUUGUUAGCGGUGUUCCUCCUGACUUGUUCAGUGAAACUGGUCAACUGUGGGGAAGCCCUCUUUAUGACUGGAAAGCAAUGGAGAGUGACCAAUAUUCUUGGUGGGUUAAUCGAAUACGACGCGCACAGGACUUGUAUGACGAAUGCAGGAUUGAUCAUUUCAGAGGAUUUGCAGGGUUUUGGGCGGUCCCUUCUGAAGCAAAAGUAGCCAUGGUUGGACGAUGGAAGGUAGGACCUGGAAAGUCAUUAUUUGAUGCCAUUUCCAGAGGCGUUGGGAAGAUCAAAAUCAUAGCUGAAGAUUUGGGAGUUAUUACUAAAGAUGUAGUUGAGCUGAGGAAAUCUAUCGGAGCGCCUGGAAUGGCAGUCCUCCAAUUUGCUUUUGGAGGAGGCGCCGAUAACCCACAUUUACCUCACAAUCAUGAAGUAAACCAAGUUGUAUACUCUGGAACUCAUGACAACGACACUAUUCGAGGUUGGUGGGACACUCUAAACCAAGAAGAAAAGUAUAAGGCAAUGAAAUACCUGUCGAUAGCUGGAGAAGACGAUAUAUCAUGGUCAGUGAUCCAAGCUGCAUUCUCUUCACCCGCUCAAACCGCAAUCAUACCGAUGCAAGACAUUCUAGGACUUGGAAGUUCUGCCAGGAUGAACACUCCAGCCACUGAGGUUGGGAAUUGGGGUUGGAGGAUUCCGAGUUCAACGAGCUUUGAUAAUCUGAAAACUGAAUCUGACAGACUCAGAGAUCUUUUGUCAUUGUACGGACGGCUUUGAGGAAACCUUUUGAGGUGGAUAAGAGGAAGAAUCUUUCGUUUUUUUUUGUAACUUUGCUAAUGGUAAAAGGCUAAAAGCUAUAAAAGCAAAAUAAAGUAAAGAAGACGAGAGAAGCAUCACGCAUGUUGUUGAAAUAGUGGAUCGAUGAUAUCAUAUGAUGUAUGAUGAUGGACAUGUUAAAUCUCACCGUUCCUUAAUAAAUUUUGUUCAUUGAU